AUGAGGAACUGGUCUCUGCAUGAAGACAGAAAAAUCACCAAACAAAGAUUUGGAGUCAUAUUUAGUAAAGUGUGGGAUAAAGCUGCAACACCAGUAAACAUCAAAGCUGGAUUUGAGGCUACAGGGAUCUACCCAUUCAAUCCAGAUCGGAUCCCAGAGGAAGCAUAUGCUCUAAGUAUUCCUACUUAUAACCCCAUGCCAAUUGUUGAUAAUAAGGACACUGACACUGAUGUUAGUGAAAGUCUCCUUCAUGAGGCUGCUUCAAAUAUAAGUGCAAUUAAUACACCUGUUCAGCAAUUGACUUUAAGCGAUAAUAACUUUAAUUCUCUUUCCGCUUCUACAGAGCAGAUUGGAAAUUCUGCCACUACCCCGAGUCAAAAUAUUACCGUUUGUAAUGAACCGAAAAAAUCUUUCUAUGAUUUGUUGAAAACUCCUGAAAAAAGUGCAAAACGUCUCGAAAUGGCUCCUAGAAAAAAAACGAUCAAUAAUUUAGCUCAAGAACUUAAAAAAUCAAUUUUCCCUGAAAAGAAAAAUAUUUUAGGACCAUCAAACAGUAUUACAAAACGUUCAGAAAAAAGGAAGGAAUUAACGCAAAAACACAAAAAAAAGCAAGUUGACAAACAGCAUAAGUCAAAAAAAUGUACUGAAUCAUGGUAG